UGGGUCCCGAGACGGGCUGAUUCCUUCGAGAAGCUUGAUAAAAUUGGCCAAGGAACCUACAGCAAUGUUUACAGGGCCCGUGAUUUGGACAAUGGAAAGAUUGUUGCAUUGAAAAAAGUUCGAUUUGAUAACUUAGAGCCUGAAAGUGUACGGUUUAUGGCAAGGGAGAUCCACAUUUUGCGCAGACUUGAUCAUCCAAAUGUAAUAAAGUUAGAAGGCUUGGUAACAUCAAGAAUGUCCUGCAGUUUGUACCUUGUAUUUGAAUACAUGGAACAUGAUCUUGCUGGCCUCGCUUCUUUUCCUGGAAUGAAGUUCACAGAGUCCCAGAUUAAAUGUUACAUGCAACAACUACUUCGUGGCCUUGAUCAUUGUCAUACACGGGGUAUUCUACAUCGGGAUAUCAAGGGGUCCAACCUUUUAAUUGAUAACAGCGGCAUCUUAAAAAUUGCAGAUUUUGGCUUGGCAAGCUUCUUUAGUCCCAGUCAAAACCAUCCAUUAACAAGUCGCGUAGUUACUCUUUGGUAUAGGCCCCCAGAGCUUUUACUUGGGGCCACAAAUUAUGGUGUUGCUGUGGAUUUGUGGAGCACUGGAUGCAUCCUUGCCGAAAUGUAUGCAGGCAAGCCAAUAAUGCCUGGAAGGACAGAGGUUGAGCAGUUGCACAAAAUUUUCAAGCUCUGUGGUUCACCAUCUGAAGAUUAUUGGAGGAAAUCCAAACUGCCUCAUGCCACCAUUUUUAAACCACAACAACCUUAUAGACGAUGUGUAACAGAAACGUUCAAGGACUUUCCUCUGUCAGCUUUGGCACUUAUGGACAUCCUUCUUUCAAUAGACCCAGCAGAUCGUGGAACUGCUGCUUCUGCCCUUAAAAAUGAGUUUUUCACAACCAAGCCAGUAGCCUGUGAUCCUUCAAGCUUGCCAAAAUAUCCUCCAAGCAAAGAAUUUGAUGCAAAAGUUCGAGAUGAGGAAGCUAGAAGACAAGGUGCUGUAGGUGGCAAGAUGCAAAGACUUGACCUCGAGAAAAGAGCACAUAGAGAAUCUCAGGCAAUCCCUGCACCAGAUGCCAAUGCUGAACUAGCCAUAUCAAUGAAGAAAUGGCAAAGUCAAGGCUGUUCCAAGAGCAGAAGCGAGAAGUUUAAUCCCCACCAGGAAGAAGUUGCUUCUGGCUUUCGGAUUGAGCCUCCAAGACAAGCACAGCACUCAGAACGAACUGAAGAUCCUCAGGGUCAUUAUUCUCAUUCUCAUAGAUCUUCCCAUUCAGGCCCCCUGGUGAAUAGGAGCCAGUGGACUAAAUCUAGAAAACCUGACGGUGGCAUGCCCAAAAUUUCAGCCACAGCAAAUUUAUCGGCCUUGUCUGGCUUAGUGGCAGCAAGGAGAAAUCCUUCAUCUGACAAUGCAUGUGAACGAAGUGCUGGUCAAUUAGAAGCAGUUGCUCCAUCUGGUAGAUUUUCUGAAUCUUGUAAUGGUCUUUCAGAUAGAGCCAGAAAAUAUGAUCAGCUAUAUCAUAUGCAUGUACCUGCGGGUUCUCAACGGAGAGAAGAUGAUAAGAACAGCAAUAUGGACCAGCAUAUGGGCCAUGGGAUGUCAGCAAACAAAAUUCACUAUUCUGGACCUCUUUUGAGGCCAUCUGGCAACGUAGAUCAAAUGCUAAAGGAUCACGACCGUCAGAUCCAAGAAGUUUUCCGUCGCUCUCGGAUGGACAAAUCCAAAGCUCGGAAAAUCCAGGGUGAAUCCAACCAUACUGGCAUCAAGCCUUUUGAUUUGGGUGUCGUUCCUGUUUACCCCUCGAGCAGAGGCUCAGCUCCAAUCUUCACAUCUAGUCGGGGUUCUGCACAGUAGAAUAGUUCUGUGCUUUGAAGUGGGUUCUUUGUGAAUUUAUUAUGAUUCAAUCAAGUGUAUGAUUUAUGGGUUCCACGGAUGGAUGAGGGAUGUAUUAUGUAUAGAGGUGGUUUAGUAUGAAUCUUUAGAGAGGAGAAAUGAUUCAUAAUUAAUUGAGCCCGCUUUAUCUUCAUUGUUGGUCUUUGAACUU